CUUCACAGUCUCUACCUGGGGGUAAAGGGAGGAGGGCUGAGCAUGGAGGGUGUUGUCUUCGAACUCUGACUAUGUGUUAAGUGGCAGGAGAAAUUUUGAAAGCUGCUUUGAGGAGGAGCCAGUGGCUGAGUAUGUGGUGUUUUGUGCCUCACUCUCCCCACUUGUAGGAAACCCUCUCUACAUUCACAGGUAAUUGGACUGGAAGGAAGACACGACUGGCCAGGGAAGAAGACCAUUCUGUCGCUCCUCCUCCUGUUGCUAAUCACUUGCAUCCUGACUCUCUUCCAAAGCCGCCUGGACUGUGCCAACGUGGCUGCAGAGCAUAUUGACGCAUGCCAGUAUCUGCUUAGCCUCCCUGUGCACUGCAGGCCAUCCCAUUAGCAGCUCACCACCCCUGGCCAUUGGGACCUCUUCUGAUGGCUGUGGCCUCCGCUGCCCCAGGGAGCACCUUCUCUAACCAGCUCCUUCUCUUUCUCCUGGUUCUGGUAUUGUUUUGUGAUGCCUGUCAGAAAAUUUCUCUUCAAGUACCCUCUCAUCUUAAGGCUGAAACAUCUGUAGGCAAAGUGAAUCUGGAGGAGUGUCUCAAGUCACCCAGCCUGAUCCAGUCCAGUGACCCAGCCUUCAGAAUUCUAGAAGAUGGCACAAUUUAUACAACACGUGACCUGCUUCUGUCUUCUGAAAAGAAGUUCUCUAUCUUCCUCUCAGACAGUCAGGAGCAAGAACAGAAGGAGCUAGAAGUUGUACUAUCAGCGAGAGAAAAAAAGGUUUUUAGGAAGAGGCAUACCAAAGACCCAGUACACAAGCGCAGUAAGAGAAGAUGGGCUCCUAUUCCAUGUUCAGUGAUGGAGAACUCACUAGGACCAUUUCCUCAACACAUUCAACAGAUCCAAUCUGAUGCUGCCCAGAAUUAUACCAUCUUUUACUCCAUCAGUGGACCAGGAGUGGACAAAGAGCCGUUCAAUGUGUUCUACAUAGAGAAAGACACUGGGGACAUCUAUUGUACCAGAAGCAUCGAUCGUGAGCAGUAUGACCAGUUUUUGAUAUAUGGAUAUGCAACCACUGCUGAUGGCUAUGCCCCAGACUAUCCACUCCCCUUGCUGUUCAAGGUUGAGGAUGACAAUGACAAUGCCCCAUAUUUUGAAACCAAAUUGACGGUUUUCAGUGUGCCUGAAAAUUGCCGAUCUGGAACUUCUGUGGGACAAGUGACUGCCAUAGACAACGAUGAGCCAGGAACCCUCCACACUCGUCUGAAGUACAAAAUCCUUCAACAAAUCCCAGAACAUCCAAAGCACUUCUCCAUCCACCCAGACACAGGUGUGAUCACUACCACCACAGCUUUCCUGGACAGAGAGAAAUGUGAUACUUACAAGAUAGUGAUGGAAGUCCGAGACAUGGGGGGCCAGCCCUUUGGUCUAUUUAACACAGGAACAAUCACAAUUUCCUUGGAGGAUGAGAAUGACAACUCACCGUAUUUUACCCAAACUUCUUAUACUACAGAAGUAGAAGAAAACAGAAUUGAUGUUGAGAUUCUAAGAAUGAUGGUACACGAUCAAGAUUUGCCCAACACUCCUCACUCGAAGGCGGUAUACACAAUCCUACAGGGGAAUGAAAACGGGAACUUCAAAAUCACAACAGAUCCGAACACAAAUGAAGGAGUCUUGUGCGUGGUCAAGCCAUUGAACUACGAAGUCAGUAAUCAAAUCACUCUACAAAUCGGUGUUGUCAAUGAAGUCCAGUUUUCUAAUGCCGCCAACACACAACUCCCCACGAUGUGUACCACGACUGUCACUGUGAAGAUUAAAGAUAGGGAUGAGGGCCCUGAGUGCCAUCCAGAUGUCAAAGUCAUUCAGAGCAAAGAUGGACUGCCGGCUGGCAAAGAGCUCCUGGGUUACAAAGCUGUGGACCCAGAAACAAAAAAUGGUGAAGGCUUAAGGUAUCAGAAGUUUGGAGACAAAGAUAACUGGUUUGAGAUUAACGAAAGCACCGGAGACUUGAAAACUGUCAAAGUAUUAGACAGAGAGUCAAAGUUUGUGAAAAACAACCAGUACAACAUUUCAGUAGUCGCCACGGAUGCAGCUGGCCGAUCUUGCACGGGAACACUGGUAGUUCUUCUGGAGGACUUUAAUGACCACCCGCCACAGAUUGACAAUGAUGUGACCAUCUGUCAGCAGGAAAAGGAUUAUGCUGUUUUGGAACCUGUCGAUCUUGAUGGGCCUGAUAAUGGUCCACCUUUUCAGUUCCUUCUGGAUAAUUCUGCCAACAAACUUUGGACUCUCGAACCACAGGAUGGUAAAAGUGCCAUUCUUCGUCAACGACACAAUCUUAAUUAUAACUUCUAUUCUGUGCCAAUCCAAAUACAAGACAGACAUGGUUUCUCUGCGAGACAUGUACUAUCAGUAAGAGUGUGUGAUUGUUCAACUCCAUCAGAAUGUAGAAUGAGUGUUCGGGAGGAAAGGGAUGCUAAGCCAAAUGUAGUCCUUGGGAAGUGGGCCAUCCUCUCCAUGGUCCUGGGUUCUGCGUUGCUAUUGUGCAUUCUGUUUACAUGUUUCUGUGUGACUACUGCUAAAAGAACAGUAAAGAAAUGCUUCCCAGAUGAUGUAGCCCAGCAAAAUUUAAUUGUAUCAAACACUGAGGGACCCGGAGAAGAAGUGACGGAGGCAAAUAUUAGGCUCCCCUCACAGACAGCCAACAUCUGUGAUACAAGCACAUCUGCUGGGACUCUUGGAGGCCAAGGAAUCAAAACGCAACAAAGUUUUGAGAUGGUCAAAGGAGGCUACACUUUGGAGUCCAACAAAGGAGGUGGCCAUCACACCUUGGAGUCUAGCAAGGGAGGUGUGCUGGGAGCAGCAGACACUGGCCGAUAUACUUACACUGACUGGCAAAGUUUCACUCAACCCCGGCUUGGAGAAAAGGUGUAUCGGUGUGAACAGGAUGAGGAGCACAAACAUUGUGAAGACUACGUCCGUGCGUAUCACUAUGAAGGCAAAGGCUCCAUGGCCGGCUCUGUAGGCUGCUGCAGUGAUCGGCAGGAGGAAGAAGGGCUGGAGUUCUUAGAUCACUUGGAACCGAAAUUUAGGACCUUAGCAAAGACAUGUGUGAAGAAAUAAAGGCGCUGCUUGAUAAAGGCAUCUGCAAAUGAAUACAGAUGUGCCACUAGAUCUAAGACGAUAGCAGCCCGUAGUAGUGACUUUGCUUAUUAAAAGAAGGUAAAGUCAUUUGCAGAUAACGAUGCUAGCUCUAACCCACCCCUACCUCCCCAAAUUCUCCUUGUCUCCAGAACUUCUCUGUUGCCUGGACAGGAAGCUGUCAUCACUCCUCUUCUUUCUGCGCAUGUAUACACUGCCCUUUCAGGACUGGACUGCGUGUGCCACUCAAAUUCUGGUGAUGUUCGACACUUAAGGUCUUUUUGCACGCUAUGCAAGACUCCGUGGUGGAGUUGGGUGUUGUGGAAGCUUAAAAUACGAAUUUGCAUUGUGUACAUAUACAAAUUAAACACUGUCUUCAAAGUCUUGC